GGAUGCUUACAUGGAUUGCCAGCGUGUUUAACUUUGGGCCAUUGAUUUGGUACUAGAUCAGAUGAAUGAUAACAUAGAAACACACUCCACAACACACCCUAAUCACUACACCCUUCCUCUCUCUCAUGACGUCUUUCCGUCUUCGACCCCUUCGGCUACAUCACAACACCUGCUUCAUGAGUCGAGACCACGUGUGCGGUUACCACCAUACCUCAUCAUAAUCAACCACCGUCACCACAUCCACAGCCUCCGCCUGAUCUCGACCUUCAGCCUCUACCUUCGUCACCUUUAUCGGCCACCUCCACCUACACCUUUCACCACUGACACCACCACAGAAACUCUAACAAAGCUAUUACCACCAUUUUCUAACACCCCUUACCCUCGCCUUCUCUGUUUCUUGCUAAAAACAUCCUCCCCACCGCCACAUAUAAGUGAUUUCCGUUUCACUGGUUUUCAUCCUGGUUUGGCUCUUUUUCAGGAUAUUAGCUGCGAUUUGGGAAAAGGGAGUAAUCCGAAGACUUCACAAAUCUAUGCAUUAAGAUAUGUAUUGACUGGAAAAAUAAAUAAUUUGGCUGAUGUUACAAUACCCUCCUUAAAGAUAAAACAGUCAAAGAAUUGGUUUGAAUUCUUGGUGCCUUUUCUAUUCCAAUCCCUCAACAUCAAGGUUUAA